AUGUCAUUCAUAUUUAAGACGUUCACGUUGGUAGCAGUAGCGACAGUCGUUUCUUCGAGUCAUGCUCCAGGGGGUUUUUCUUAUAAUCGUUUUAGCGGUCCAGUUAGUGGAAAGAUAACCGAAGUUCAAGUUCCCCCAGCACACGGUAUUCCCGCUCAACAACAUGCGGAUUACGGAUAUGAUCAUAAAGCUGGAAAAAUUAAUCCCGAAACAGCUAAAUAUGAUCGUUUGAAAACAGUUGAUUACAAAGCUAAACCCGAUUAUCACUUCGCUUAUGGAGUCCAAGACCCUCACAGUGGAAAUCAACAAGACCAUAAGGAAUAUCGCGACGGAGACGUUGUUCACGGCGAAUACUCUCUGGUCGAGCCUGAUGGUUCAAUUCGUCUCGUACGAUACACCGCCGACCCUAAGAACGGUUUCCAGGCUGUUGUACAUAAGAAGCCCGGUGGUCAACCGAAUGCACCAGUUCAUUAUGCUCAACAGCAUCAAAACGAAGAUGACUCAGGAGAAUAUUAGUCAUUUAAACUGUAUAAUAGUUACAAUUUGUAAGAGUAGUACUAGAUUUUGUUUUAAUAUUUAUUUUGCUGUAAAUGUUG